AUGGAUGGUUCCGCCUCUCCCUCCGCCGCCGCCGAGACUGAUACGCGGGGAGGAGAAGCUCCGUCCAAAGCCAAGCGAGGCAACGCUGAGGAGAAAUAUCAACAUGGACAGCCGGUUUAUUUUCCAGAGGAGCUAGUGGACAAUUGGGUUUCUUUUUCUCGUCGUGGCUUGUAUUAUUGCUACAACAUCUCGUUGCGAGGAUCUUCCAACACAACUGCUGAUCCAACCGACAUAAUUUUAGCUGUCAAAUGUGACUUGGGACCUGACUUCCUUCUCCACUCUUUUCCCUCGGGUGGUAUUGAAAUUACCAUUAAGUACUUGCACAAGAUCCAUCUGACUCAAGAAAAUGUAAUUUUUGCUAGAAGAUUCCAGACCACGGUUCUUUCUUUGCUCAUUAACAGUGACCAUUCAGAAGUCAGCGAUGCUAUAAAAUACUUCCAUGAACUGCAAGAAGAUGUGGGGGUAGUCUAUCUACUUCUGCCCACAGUGUAUGGCGAAAUUGAUUGGUGUGGUAUCGAGUUCUCAACUUCAUCAGUAUAUGAUGAUGUGACUGAUAAAAAUCUGAGACAUUGCCAUUCUUGUAAAGAUGCUGAUAUACUGCAGACAAUGGAUGACCCUUGCUGCAGGUGCAUACUUCAGAAUUCUGUUGUCUAUGCCCCUCGUGUUGGAAACUUUUAUAAUAUUACAGACCUUGACCUAAAUGUAAACCAACCUUUGGAUUUGAACAAUAGGAGUGCUGUUAGCUGCAAAAGCAAUGUUUUCAAGGCGGUAAGGCGAGGCGUGGCGACUGACUACCGCCUUACGCUUAAGCGAGUAAGGCAACGUGGGAGUGUUAAGUUGCCACCUGGACUCUGCAGAGUAGUCAUGGCACCAGUGUCGACAAAUACUUUGCUCAGCUUCUCAUUUAUUCCUUCCAUAAUGUACCGUAUCCAGUGUCUGCUUCUUUCUGCAAAGUUGAAAAUCCAGUUGGGCCCAAGAAUGCAACAGUUCAACAUAACAGCUAUGAAGAUUCUGGAAGCACUUACAACAAAGGAAUGCCAGGAGACUAUUUCACUGGAAUCAUUAGAAACACUUGGGGAUUCUUUCAUUAAAUAUGUUACAAGCCAAAAUCUUUUUAGCAAAUACAAACAUCGAGAGGACAAACUAACCUCUAUGAGGGAAGAAAAGGUCUCCAACGCAGCUCUAUGUCAGCUAGCUUGCAAAAGCAAACUUGUGGGAUACAUUCGAGGUGAAUUGUUUAACCCAAAAAAAUGGACCAUUCCAGGGCUCGGCUAUGACACACAUGGUAACAACGAAGUUUUCUUCGGAACAACCAAUAAUAUGUACAGUCUGAAGGAAGUUUCCAUAAAAAGCAAGAGAAUUGCUGAUACAGUUGAAGCCUUGACUGCGGCCUACCUCAGUGCUUGUGGUGAACUGGCAGCAGUUCAUUUCAUCAAAUCACUAGGAAUGGAUGUAGAACUGCAUAGUAAAAUGCAAGUUGAAAGGAUUAUUACAACAAAAUCUGAAGAAUUCAUUGACGUGAAAAGCUUGCAGACAAUCCUCGGUUAUGUGUUCGAUGACAGUUCACUGUUAAUAGAAGCAUUGACACAUAGUUCCUACAAUAUUGCUGGUAUUACAGCUUGCAAUGAGAGGCUUGAAUUUCUCGGAGAUGCUGUAUUGGACUACAUCUUAACUGAUCACUUUUACAGAAAAUACUACUCCAAUUGUACACCAGCACUGUUGACAAAUCUACGAAAAGCUUCUGUGAACAACUGUUGCUAUGCACAUGCAGCUGUUAAAGCAGGGUUACACAAGCAUAUUCUUCAUUCCUCAUCAAAACAGAUGAUUAACGAUCUUGAGAAUUCAGGACGGUCAUUUUCAGGCCCAUCGCAUGGUUGGGAACCUGGCAUUGGUCUACCUGAGGAUCUCGCAGAUUUGUUUGAAGCAAUAGCUGGUGCAAUUUACGUCGACAGCAGGAAUGACAAGGAGGUUGUCUGGAGAGCCAUGAGACGGCUACUGGAACCUCUUGCCACCCCCAAGACCAUGGAGCCUGACCCAGUGUCGGAACUGAAGGAAUUAUGCGAGCGCAAAAGUUACCCUAAGCCAUCGUACUCUCCAACUCGUGACGAUGCAGCUGGAGUGACAAGGGUGGUUGCAAAGGUGAAGGCUAAGGGGACAGAGUACUCUGAGACUGGAAAAGGCCGCAACCAGGAGGUGGCGGAAGUUCUCGCUGCCAAGGCUCUGCUCAAGAAACUAAAGGCCGCAGCAAGAGGAUGA